AUGGAUCCAGGGUUACCCAUGGAGAUAGUAUUGAAUAAGGAAUCCAAGAGGAAGACACCAGUGGCUGUGGGAUUUCGAGAUGGAGAGAGGGUGUUUGGAGAGGAUGCAAUAAGUUUAGGAGCUCGUUUCCCAAAGAAUGCCUACGUUUAUCUCCUUGAUGUGCUUGGAAAAACUCUAGAAAACCCACUUGUCAAACUCUAUCAGCAGCGAUUCCCUCAAUAUGAAGUUGUUGCAGAUCCAGAAACUGGUCUAGCUGCCUUCCAACAUGAUCAGGAUACAGUGUACACCCCAGAAGAAUUACUUGGGAUGAUUCUACGGAAGGCAAAGGACUAUGCAGAGGAGUUUGCACAUCAGAAACCCAUAAAGGAUGUGGUCAUUACAGUUCCAGCAUACUUUAAUCAGGCAGAAAGAGAAGCUCUUCUGCGAGCUGCAUCAUUGGCCAAACUUAAAGUACUUCAGAUCAUCAAUGAUAAUUCUGCAGUGGCCUUGAAUUAUGGGAUGUUCAGGAGGAAGGAGGUCACAGAAACGGCUCAAAAUAUCCUCUUCUAUGAUAUGGGUGCCUCCAGCACUGCAGCAACCAUUGUCUCCUAUCAGAUGAUUAAGACCAAGGAGUCUGGAAUCACUGAGACCCAUCCUCAGCUCUCCAUCAUUGGAUAUGGGUAUGAUCGAACACUUGGAGGCCUGGAGAUGCAGCUAAGACUCCGUGAUCAUCUUGGAAAAUUGUUUAACAAUCAAAAGAAGACUUCAACUGAUGUGUUCUCUAGUCCUCGAGCCCUGGCCAAACUCUUCAAAGAGGCUGGUCGUAUCAAAAACAUCCUCAGUGCCAACAUAGACCAUGUUGCUCAUGUGGAAGGGUUGUUGGAAGAUCAUGAUUUCCAGGCUCCUGUGACACGUACUGAAUUUGAAGAGUUAUGUAAGGAUCUCACAGAACGUGUUCCUAAUCCCAUCAAGCAAGCUUUGUCUACUUCAGGGCUAGACAUGGCUGAGAUCUCUCAGGUGAUUUUGGUGGGUGGUGGGACUCGCAUGCCAGCUGUGCAGGAGAAGCUCAAAGAGGCUAUCCCAAUGGAACUUGGAAAGUCAUUGAAUGCUGAUGAGGCAGCUACCAUGGGAGCUAUUUAUAAAGCUGCUGACCUUGGUCAGGGAUUCAAAGUGGACUUCUCUCGAGAAGUGGAUUCUGAUGAAGGAGAGAAGGGAAUCAGAAAUGUGAGACGAACUCUGUUCUCCCUCAUGAAUCCAUAUCCUCAGAAGAAGGUCCUCACAUUUAACAAGCAUCAAAAUGACUUUGAAUUCUUUGUUAAUUAUGGAGACCUUUCUCAUAUCCCAGAAGUAGAGAUCUCGUAUUUGGGAUCUUUGAAUCUAUCAAGGUUUGAAGUGAGUGGAGUGGAGGCUGCAAUUGGAAAAGGAGGCAAGGGGAAAGGGAUAAAAGCCCAUUUCUCCAUGGAUGAGAAUGGGAUCUUGAAUCUGACUCAUGUAGAAUAUGUAUAUGAGACCACUAUUGAAGAAGUGGUUAAGCAUGAGGAAUCAGCCUUCUCUCGACUUGGUAGCACCAUCCGUGGAUUUUUCAGUUCUGUUCUUUCUGCUUCUAAAGGAGAUGAGAAGAAAGAUGAGGAUGGGACUGGAGAGGGAGAAAAGGAGAAUGCAACUGGAAGCUCAACAGAAGAAAACCAAAUGAAUGAAACACAGAAAAAGGAAGAAGAGAUGAGGAAAGAGGAAGGGAAUGAAACAGAGAAAGAAAAAGAGAAAGAGAAGGAGAAGGAGAAGUUUGAAAAGAAGCAGGUGAAUGUGACACUAAAGGAGCCCUUGAUUGUGAGAGAGGAGUAUUUAGCUCUCAAGACUCCCUCUGAAGCUGCUUUUGCUCAAUCCCAGCACAAGUUGGAUGAGCUUGAGAAGGCUGACCAGCAGAAGCAAGAAAGAGAACAGGCUCGCAAUAACCUGGAAAGUUUUGUUCUGGAACUCCAGGAGAAGUUUGAAUUGAAAGACUUCAUUGAAGCCUCAUCUUCUGAUGAACGCUCAAAAAUUCUCCAGAGGGCUUCUGAGCUCUCAGAUUGGUUGUAUGAGGAAGGCUUUGAGGCUGAAGCAGGAAAUUACAAAAUGUAUGUGAAAGAGUUAAAGGGACUGAGCAAGGAUAUUUAUGAACGUGUAGCUGAACACAAUAAUCGGCCUCAGGCUCUGAAAGCUUUGGAUGAAAUGCUGGAUGCUUCUCAAAAGUUUUAUAAGGGAGCUGUUGAUCUCCCAGAGGUGGAACAGUUCUAUACUCCAGUUGAACUGGAAACUCUAGGGAAACUUGUUAAUGAAACACGAUCAUGGCAGGAAGAGAAAAUCAAGGAUCUGAGCCAGCAGUCAAGAGCUGAAAUGCCAAAGUUGACUGUGAAGAUGAUUGGGGAGAAAGUUGCUGGAUUAGAGCGAGAGAUUAACUAUCUUGCUAACAAAGCUAAGAUUCAUGCAGCUAAAAGGGCCAGAGAAGAAAUGGAAGCCAAGAAGGCACAAGAGGAAGCAGAGAAAGCAAAAAAUAAGGAGACUGAGGAUGCUUCAAAGAAGGGAGGAGAUGAAUCAGAAAAGUCUGGUGAAGAAGAUUCAAAAAAGGAGGCACCUCCUGGAGUGUUUGAUGGGCCAGAAAUAUUCAGUAUGGAGACUUUGAUGGAGAAGCUGAAAGAUCCAGAAAUGCUGGAGAAGUUAAAAGAACUUGGAGACCCAGAGUUGUUGGAGCGACUCCGCAGCUUCCAUCCUGGCUCAGGUGUGCAUGAUUCUAGUACCCCUCUGUCACCAUCCUCUUCACCAUCUUCAGAUACAGACAAGGAGACAUCUGCUUCUAGUACUGGCCUCAUCAUUAUUUGCAACAGCUCUGGCUUCAUGAUCUAUAACAACAGGAAGAACACCACCUGGCUUUUUGAUGUGAGCAUACUAGCUGACACCAACCUUGAGUCAAGACUUGGGAGAAGGUGGACUGGUCAGUUCUUUCGCCAAACUUUUCGAUCCACAAAUGCCAAAGUGAAAGUCCCUGAUGGUAGCAGUUAUAGCAAAGGACAAAUCAAGACCUCUGAUCUGAAGAAUCUAAUUGCCCUUGCUAGGCCAGAGAAAUGGAAACUUGCUGGUGCAAUGGUCUUCCUGGUGAUUUCAAGCACAGUGACAAUGGCUAUUCCAUUUGGGAUUGGGAGAGUGAUGGAUGUGAUCUACACAGAGACAGAAAAUGAGAGGAUGAAGCAGAGACUCUUUGAUGUCUCUAAGAUCCUUGUCUGUGUCUUCCUCAUUGGAGCUGCUGCCAACUUUGCUCGUGUGUAUUUUAUCAAUACCUCAGGGCAGAGGAUAGUGAAGCGGCUCAGGGAGAAUGUGUAUGGUGGGAUCCUAAAACAGGAGAUAGGGUUCUUCGAUCAGACAGGAACGGGAGAGCUGGUGAAUCGAUUGUCAGCUGACACAGCUGUUGUUGGGAGCACCAUCACUCAGAAUCUCUCUGAUGGACUUCGCUCCUCCAUCAUGGUUGCUGCUGGGGAUGCUCUGGCUGGAGCCACCCAAACAGCUGAGGAAAGGAUCUCCAACAUCCGCACCCUUAGGGCAUUCUGUCAAGAGAAUCAUGAGAUGGGGACAUAUUCCAAAAAGACAGGUUUGAGUGGGAAUUUGAUUGUGGUGACAGUUCUCUAUUAUGGUGGAAUGUUGAUGACAGAAUCUCAGUUGACGGUUGGCCAGCUUUCGUCAUUCCUCCUGUAUGCUGCUUAUGUGGGGGUUGCUCUUGGGGGACUCUCAUCUUUUUAUUCUGAAGUUAUGAAGGGUCUUGGAGCAUCAUCACGACUUUGGAUCCUCCUUGAUCGGAAGCCUCAUAUCCCCAUCCAGGGUGGCCUGGAGAUCCCAAGAGAAAAAAUGAAGGCAGAGUUGGUGUUCAAUGAUGUUCAUUUCUCCUAUCCAUCUAGGGAUGAAAUAUCCAUUUUGAAUGGGAUCAGCUUGAAAAUCCCCAGUGGGAAAAUCACAGCUCUGGUUGGAGGAAGUGGAAGUGGGAAGAGCACACUCGCUUCCUUGAUCCUCCGCUUCUAUGAUCCACAGCAAGGCUGUGUCAGCCUUGACCAUGUUCCCAUCACCCAGUUGGAUCCUGCUUUCCUUAGGCAAACCAUUGGCUGGGUCCCUCAAGAGCCAGUGCUGAUGAGUGGGACAAUACGAGAGAAUGUGAUCUAUGGGAGCCAGAGGGGAAGCAAAGAAAGAGAUGAGGAAGUGGAGAAGGCAUUGGAAAGAGCAAAUGCACUGGGAUUUGUGAGGGGUUUCCCUGAAGGCAUCCACACUCCUGUGGGGGAAAGAGGAGUCAUGCUUAGUGCUGGGCAGAAGCAGAGGAUUGCCAUUGCCAGGGCCCUUCUCAAGAACCCAAGGAUCCUGAUCCUGGAUGAGGCAACUAGUGCAUUGGAUGCUGAGAGUGAAUUUCUUGUUCAAGACGCCCUGGAAAGACUCUUGGUUGGUCGCACUGUCCUUGUCAUUGCACAUCGCCUCUCCACCAUCAAGAAUGCUGAUUUGAUAGCAGUGUUGGAAGGAGGCAAGAUUGUUGAGAAGGGAACUUACAAGGACCUGAUGGCCCUCCCUGCAGGCAUAGGAAAGUUUCGGAAAUUGGUCGAGCAUCAGACCAUCUUCCACUGAUUCUCACUUCACCCAUUCUCCUGGAAGAGAAUGAUUGCAAAAGAAGAAGCAGAUCCAAAUCAGAGUGAAGAAGUGGCAGAAAUGGAACUGAUAGGAACAAAUAGUUAUUCCAUCAUUGUGGACAGGGAGAGCUGUCAACUGACCUUUUUCUUCCCAUGUCAAGUCCAAGUGAAUGCAGGAAGGUCAGUUUCAUUCUGUUGCAUGGAUGUUGCAUGUACUUUUAAAAAAAAAUCUCAAGCUAUGCUCAUUGCAAAAAAAAAUGGAGCAAAAUUGAGGAAUUGAGCCAUAGUGAUGAAAUAUGGUGUAAGAACUUGUUGUCGUGUGCAAUAAAGUUGCUAGAAGUGCUGAA